AGUAGGAGAGGGUAAAUAUUUCAGGAUUGAGGUGUUUAUUAGAACAGAAACCACGGAGGAACCGGGUGAGAGAGCCUCCUGUCUGUCUGUCUGGUGCAUGAGAACCUGCAGUGUUCUUAUUAUAAUAAUCAUAUUAAUACUCCUAACACAUAUUUAGCUGGCUGGAAAAGGAUGGGGGAGGCGGUAGCAAAUGUGGCCAGGAGGAUCAAUGAAACGAUGGUGGAAGGAUCGGACACAUUAGAUCUGUCCGACUGUAAUCUGAUCAGCUUUCCAGAAGGAGUUUUCAAAAUGAUCCGCAGCUGUGCAGAUAAAAUCCACAAGAUCAAGCUGGCCAACAACCAACUGAAGAACAUCUCCAACAAGUUCUUCAGCACCUUCCCUCAGCUGACAGAUCUGGAUUUGCAGGGAAACGUGCUGACUAAACUUCCAGACGGAAUCGGAGAACUGCAGCAUCUCGUCAACAUCGAUUUAUCCAACAACAGCUUCAGCAGCUUUCCUGAUCAGCUGCUCAACAUCCCAACACUGCAACACAUCAACAUCUCAUCCAACCAGAUCACAGACCUGCCGUGGGAACGUCUGUGUGCGAUGUCGCCUCUGCAGGUUCUGGAUCUGAGAUCCAACCCAUUAGCUUCAACAUACACAUCUCAGACCUUCACCUUUCUCACAUAGACACACUCGCACACACCGUACAGGUUUAUUGUUCUUGCUGGAUUGGACUGGGAUCCUGUUUUUUUCAGUUAUCUACAGUCCCAAACCAGAGCUGCUUUUCUACCUUACAGUACAAUAAAGAACACUAAAUUAUUACUGUCUGUAUUAGUGUCAAGUACCUGAGCACCUACUGAACCUGCAACAGCAGAACGAUCUCUGGAGGGAGUGAGAUGGUUAACUGAUGAACACCAGUAGCUCCACUAAUCCAGUACUCAUUAUGGAACCAUAUAUCAGGCCUAGUUUUAUUACUCUCAGUCUAAUUAGUGUAUCAGUUAAUGUAUUACAGAGUGUAUGGAACAGUGUAGCCAGUGUGUGAACAUCAGUCCGCCAGGCUUCUACACAGACAUGAUGGGCUAUACCUUUUGGCUGAAGCCCUGUGAUUGAUUAGUACCCAGUACUUCCCAGUGGAACCAUACCCACCACAACCCUGACCAGGAUACAAUGAGAUGAAAAUGUAAGAAAACUGGGUGUCUUCUAGACUUUAACUUCACUUACUGUACUCAUGGUCUUACACAUACGUAUUUUCAAUAUUCUUCCAUAGUAAGUACUGGACUAGUGGAACGUCGAGAUCACCAAUCUGUGAGGUAGCAAAUCAAAACUGCAAUCAUGUUGCCUUUAAAAAACUGAAUCCUGUUAACAUUACAGUGCAUUGUGUUUUAGUGCAACUAUUUAUUCUGAUAAUGCUUUCAUAUUAAACUGGCUGUAAAUCAGACUUUGUGAGAUCUGAUUUUUUUUUUUGGAGUGUCACUAAUCCUGAACAGGUUUGGAAUGUUUUAGUUUUAUAAUGUGUUUAGAAUUACAAUUAAACUAAAACAAUAAAGAAACUUAACACUGGGACUGAA